AAUACGCAGACCUCGCUCCCUGCGGUCAAACAUGCAUCAGGAACAUGUUUAACCAGGCAUACACCAUGAACUGCCCCCCGUAUCCCAACGGCCGACCCAACCUUGAGUGUCUCUGUAACGACGUCAACUUCUUUAACGGCAUCGGUGACUGUGCUUUCAGGGCCUGCUAUACUCAGGACGCCGAGAACACUUUGGGCCUCGCUGUGAUUUAUUGCACGGAUCGUAGGUAGUUCAUCUUCUUUUCCUAACCCCUUCCUUCCCAUCUUCCCUUCCUUCCCAUCUUCCCUUCCUUCCCAUCUUCCCUUCCUUCCCAUCUUCCCUUCCUUCCC